CUGACAGUCGAAGCAAAAAAAUGAAGGCCCAAACAAUGGCGAAGGUGUUGAGUGCUGUGGUGCUGGUGGUGCUGGUGGGUCAUGUGGCCGGUAACACGGCAAUCAGUUGCCACACUUGUGAAGGAGCUAAUUGCCAGAGGGUUCAGCUGAAUAAAACGCAGACAUGUGUGGAUUCCCUGGACUACUGUGUGACCAUCUAUGAUGAAGCCAAGGUUUUGUUCAAGGGUUGCUCCCUGGAAAUUCCGAAAGACUUGCGUUCCAAAUGCGAUGACAAUGGUUCUUGCCACAAGUGCAACACGAAGCAGUGCAACAAUGUGGGCUCUGCGAAGUAUGCCUGCAUUCAGUGCGAUUCCAGCAAGGACUCAAACUGCGCUUCAAAUGCCGCCGCUUUGGCAGCAGCCCGUUGUAGUGCCCCCACUGCUCCCAACUCGUAUUGCUAUGUGAAAUCCUCGGGAGGAUCCAUUGUGCGUGGAUGCUCCACCACCGAAACCGAUCAGCUGAGCUGCCUGAAUGAUGCCAACUGCCUGUUGUGCUCACCUGGCGACAUUAGGAACUGCAAUGCAGCCAACAUCGCCGAGAGCUCAAGUGCUGGAAAUCGCUUCAUCCGGUUCCUGAGAUAAUAACUAUAAUGUAACAUUGUAUGUGGGUCAAGAAAUAAAUUAAAUGCGAUUAUAAAAUAUAA